AUGGCGGGUUCCGAGGAUAUUGUCCUUUCUGCAACGAUCAACCUUCUAUCUGCAUUUGCAUUCCUAGUGGCCUUCGCAAUUCUGCGACUUCAACCCUUCAACGAUAGGGUGUACUUCCCAAAAUGGUAUUUGAAGGGCAUACGCGCCAGCCCAAGAAGCUCUGGGCCUAUUGUGAAGAAAUUUGUGAAUCUGGAUUGCAACACCUACAUAAGGUUCUUGAACUGGAUGCCUGCAGCUCUCAAAAUGCCACAGCCUGAGCUUAUAGAACAUGCAGGCCUUGAUUCUGCGGUGUACAUAAGGAUUUAUCUUCUUGGACUGAAGAUAUUUCUUCCCAUCACAGUUCUUGCUUUAACUAUCUUGGUACCUGUUAAUUGCACCGGGAAAUCGCUGGAUAGGCACAAGGACUUGACAUAUAGUGCUAUUGAUAAGCUUUCAAUCUCAAAUGUUGAUGCUGGAUCACCAAGGUUAUGGGCACACAUAGGAAUGGCUUAUGUGGUCACAUUUUGGACCUUAUAUGCUCUCUACAAAGAGUACCAAAUUAUAUCCACCUUAAGGCUGCAAUUCUUGGCAUCUUCAGAGCGUCGUCCUGAUCAGUUCACUGUUCUUGUGAGAAGUGUCCCUGCAGACCCUGAUGAAUCCAUUAGUGAUCAUGUUGAACACUUCUUCUGUGUAAACCAUCCAGAACGUUACCUUCUGCACCAGGUUGUGUACAAUGCAAACAACCUGGCAAAAUUGAUGGAGAAGAAGAAGAAUCUGACAAAUUGGCUUGCUUACUACCAGACAAAGUAUGAGAGAAAUCCUAGCAACAAGCCAAGAACAAAGACAGGACCUUGGGGCCUUGUGGGAACAACAGUGGAUGCCAUUGACUACUAUACUGCUGAGAUACAGAAGUUCAGUGAAGAGGAAGAGGCAGAAAGAGAUAAAGUUCUGAACGAUCCAAAGGCGAUAGUUCCUGCAGCAUUCGUCUCAUUUUCAUCGCGGUGGGGAGCAGCGGUCUGUGCUCAAACAGAACAAUCGAGCAAUCCCACCAUUUGGCUGACACAAUGGGCACCAGAACCGCGUGAUGUCUACUGGGAUAAUCUGUCCAUUCCUUACGUCGAACUCAACAUCAGACGCCUGUUAAUGGGCGUCGCUUUGUUCUUCCUCACCUUCUUCUUUAUGAUCCCCAUCGCCUUCAUUCAAUCCCUCGCGAGCAUUGAUGGCAUUGAGAAGGUCUUCCCUUUCUUGAAGAAGCUGAUAGAGGUGGAUGUUAUCGAGGCGUUCAUUCAGGGGUUUCUCCCCGGAAUUGCGUUGAAGAUAUUUCUGAUUCUGCUCCCCUCAGUUCUGAUGACCAUGUCGAAAAUAGAAGGCCAUAUAGCGCUGUCGGCCCUGGAGAGAACAUCAGCUGCAAAGUAUCAUUUGUUUCUGUUCGUCAAUGUAUUCCUUGGAAGUAUCAUCACGGGAGCAGCAUUCGAGCAGCUCCAGAAAUUUAUGCAUCAGGCGCCCACCGAGAUUCCGAGAACUAUCGGGGUAGCCAUUCCGAUCAAGGCUACCUUCUUUAUUACCUAUAUAAUGGUUGAUGGUUGGUCUGCCAUUGCGGCAGAGAUUCUUAGAUUGUCUCCACUGAUCAUGUUUCACCUCAAGAACAGCUUUUUGGUGAAGACCGACCUGGACAGAGAGCAAGCGAUGGAUCCUGGUUCUAUAACUUUCGCGGUAUCAGAGCCUCGUAUACAGCUCUAUUUCCUGCUCGGACUUGUGUAUUCUGUAGUCACUCCUGUGCUCCUCCCAUUCAUCAUUGUUUUCUUUGCCUUUGCGUAUCUCGUUUUUCGCCAUCAGAAGUACGAGAGCGCUGCAGCUUUUUGGCCAGAUGUGCAUCGUCGGAUCAUCAUUGGGUUGAUAACCUCCCAGGUUCUGCUGAUGGGGCUGAUAAACACGAAAGAAAUUCCCAGAUCGACGCCUGUCAUCCUGGUUCUCCCGAUUAUGACAAUCUGGUUCAAUCAUUUCUGCAAGGGGAGAUUCGAGUCUGCAUUUGUCAAGUUCCCGUUGCAGGAAGCAAUGGUGAGGGACACGUUAGAACGGGCAACAGAACCGAACCUGAACCUGAAAGUUUACCUGCAAGAUGCAUAUGUUCAUCCCGUCUUUAGGGGGGGCGAGCCGUUAUCGCUCGAUGUGGAGAUGAACAGCCCGCUGGUUACCACCAAGAGAAGUUCGCGCAAAAGUAGUAACAUAGGGUCUCACUACAGCGCUCCGGGUCGCAUCUGAUUGGAUCAAAGCAUACAUUCUC